CCAGCACCAGUACCAGCACUGGCAAUAUCAAAAUCAGCUACAAUUGUGCUGGACACUAGUCACAACGAAGUCACUGCUCUGCAAAGCUUAGCCAAGAUCAGUUGGAAGCAAGACCUUCCCAGCUAGGAGCGCGCAAGAGACGCCUCCACAACUUGAAGAAGGGGACAGAAAACGGGAGCGUCGACAUCAGUGUGAGGUAUUCAGUCUGCUAGUGGUGUUACUGUUGACUGUUGAUGGACACCAGUACUUAGGCAGUAGAUACUGUCACGCUGUACAUGGUAUUACGCCUUGUUGUGCAUGCAAGUCAACAGUCCUAAAGAGAGCGGUAAGUGAGAGUGAACAGUAAAGUUGAAACUAGUCUCGCUUGGAUAAGCCGUGGUUAGACGAACCAAGUGCACGAGAAAAUAUUGCGUGUACGCUCGUUAACGCUCGCCUGACUUAGUGACGUUUGACAGCAGCAGCAGAAAGGUGUUGCCAGUGUUGCCAGUGGAGGCAUCAGCAUCAUCACCAGUGCGAGGAUUCCAGAGGGCAAGGGGCUGAGCCACGCUAGGACGAACCCAGUCCUCUGCUAGUGGCCUGAUUUGCUUAUUCAGUGAUCGUCCUAUCAUCCUGGGUAGCCGAAGCGGCCGAAGAAGGAGAAGGUGAAAACUGGGGAGAGGGACCCGUGUGAAGCGGAGAACGGAACUGCACUUCGUGCAGUCGGAGGCUGGUACAAUGGACGACACAAUAAGAGCGUGUAGAUCUGGCUGUAAAGGUCAGGCUCGGUUAGGUGUACAUGUCCUGAUAUGUGCAGUGUUCGCCAUAGUUCAUUCCUCCGCCACCUUCUCACCACAGCGGUCGGAAGGGAAAGGUUGGAGUGUUAGCGCUGAAAGCGGAGUGAGCCCCGAUUCACCAGUGUAUAAUGAGCUCUCAUCGGCUGUGGUGGAUGCACGCCAUGUUGGAAGCACCCGUAGCGUGUCUAGACGAGCAAGAUCACUGGAACGUCGAUCAGACAUUGGAAAGAAUAGUAGCGAUGUCCGUUUGUACGUUUUCAAUGUGUUCGCGCGGCGCACGCAGCUGAACGUCACCCUCAUCUCGGGCGGUCCAUCCAGGCAGACGUUGCUCGUCUCCAAUAUUCCCUACUCACACUCACGACUAGUGUCUGUGGACUCGCUGAGUGUUAUCGACUCGUUCCGUGCUCGAAUCCUCAGGCGGCGUAACAAGAUCAGGCCGGGAAGACCACAGUACAAAACAUUAGGUGUUGUGAAUCGUAACCUGAGCGAAGCAUACCACUCUUUGCCCAGGAACCUGGAUAUGUUGGUGGUAGUGGAGCGAGCAUUGAACAAGAACAAAGUUACUAUCACUCCCAUCCCGAUGAAUCGCGAUCAAGUCAUACGUCCGAGGCAUGCACACCUCUUCCUGUACACUUCGCUGGAAACGUCCGUGCUCAAAGAAAUGGAGGUGCUGGCUCACUCUCCGGCGGCUUGCGAAAAGCAAUUGUACUGCAACGUUGUCAUACGGAUAGCGCGUAAUCUGACCAGCAGCCAGGCAUUCAGCCUGGAGUUGCCAGUCGGAGCUACCUACAAGGACUAUGAGUUCAAGGUGGUGAAGAACGGCUCUGUGAGGACGUUGACCGAUUUCAAGAACGCCCAGUCAUUACUGCACAUGCGUGUUGCCUUGCGCAUGAGUGAGGGGUCCAGCAACAUUCUUGUACUGGACGGGAUAAAGGAGGACAAAGUCAUUCGUCCCAUUCUCAUGGCCAGUCCGAACUUCACAGCACAUGCGCUCGCUAAAUACGAAGCCACAGACUUUAUCCUAUUCAACUCUUACCCAACUGACGAUAAGAUGCUCGUAAAGAUGAAGUCAAUACGAGGCCAGACACUGGAGAAUACUGAUAAGUCACUCCAAGCAAACUAUGGAGAGGUGAUCAGGCUGAAGCGCCCCACAGCUAGGAAUGAGGUCUUUGAACUGCAGCUAUCCAGAGAUCCCAGUUCUCUGACGAGGUUUCGUAUCAACCAGGAUAUCCCCUAUUCGCAUGGCCAGUGCUUGUGGGUGGCGCAGAGUGAUCCCGGUGGUAAACUGGGAAGCUUCCUGGCAUGCUAUCCUGUGCAGAGAUUACCCAGAGCACGCAAUCCGCAACACUCCCUGGUCGUCAUACAGCAUAGUCUACACACAGCAGACAGUGGGACAGCUCCGGCACUCAAUGUUGCAUUCCAGGAGGCGUUCGAUCCGCAGGCAGGCCGACAACACUAUUAUCUUGUGACCAAGAAACUGCGACAAGGAGACGGAAUGCGAUCUUUCAUCAAACCAGGAUACUACAAAGUCAAGGUGAUGCCAAUAGGCCUGAGUAUGGCUAACCAUGCCAUAAUGCAGUCGAUUGCUCAGGAGACGUGCGUGCACAUCCUCAGGAACCAUACCUACUUUGGAAUUGUGCACGGCAUCCUGAACUCGUCCAGCCCGUACCUGCCGCGCUUCACACUACUCACUGCCAGUGGGCAGACAGCUAAUGUGAACAUGAUGUUCUGUGAGCCAUUCCACAGACGGCACAACGUUCCGCGGUAUCGGCCAAUCACAUUCACACGAUCGCCUGACUGGCAAACCAAUGACGUCAUUACGUUCAACGUAGGCCAUAUCACGUCAUCAGCGAUUAGAAUAUGGGACUCACGGCAGCUGUUUGUCACUGGUGGCCUGGCACUAAUGGCUGCCAUCAGUCUAUUGCUAGCAUAGUCAUGCGUACAUGCAGCAGGCACACUGCUCGCCUAAAGCGAGUUUCAAGCACAAACAAUUUAUCCGCCUCACUCCAGAAUCAAGUUUGGGGAUUGUCGCCUUUGCUGAAAAAAACCCCAGCAGCACGCUAUGCAGAAGAUGAGGGAAGCACCUGUUGAAUAUGGACAAGGGCACUAAUCCAGACAGGAUGAUGUAAUCCAUUCGGAUUCGGUCCGAAGUGCCACGUCGGUGUUUCUGUCAAGCCUCCAACAACAAGAACAGCAAAGGAGGAUUCAGAGGAUGGUUUAGCCCUGAGACUACAUGCUUGCAUGCCUGGGCGUCUAGCUCUGAUCCUGGACUGUCCUCACUCUGACUCUUCCUUGAUUUACGUGUGUGUGUGUCUGCUCACUCUCAUAGUCACAGGAGCUACUAAUAUAAAACAAUUAGAAGUAUAAUGGUCUUGAGCACUGAUUUCCUACCAAAGUCCUAUUGCAACUAUGAGCUAUGAUAAUAUGAUACUGAUUGUCAAUAUUUCCUAACCCAUUCGGCUUGAGAAUACCAGACCUUUAUCAAGAGUCCACCUGUUUUACAACGGAGUGCAUUGUACUUUGACUAUGAUGACAAUCACAUAAUAUAUUAUGCCGGUAGUUGACAGAUGUGCCGCAGAUAGACGCUUCAGCUUUGGAUUUGAGUCUGUUCUUAUGGUCACCACUAAAGGUGCCAACUAUUGUUACUUGAAUUAUCUAUAACAUAUCCACUGAACAUUUUUUAGCUCAAAUUCACCUCUUUGCAGGUGAAAUGUUUUACAGAGGAAAUGGUGUUUUUUUCUGUUUCAAGUUGGCCUCUGAUAUUUGCAACUCUCCUCACAUGACAUUCGUACAGAGGAUACUCAGUA